AUGGCUACAUCAGCGACAACAUCACAUUCAAAGCCCAUUGAAGAAGAGACGCUGCCCGAUUAUGAUGCGGAGCAUUUCUAUCCCGUUCAUAUCGGUGACACCUUGAACGCCCGCUAUUCUGUGCUUGGCAAGCUCGGAUAUGGUGUUACAUCCACCGUCUGGCUGCGUCUACAUAUACGGCCGUCGCUCCUUUUCCUCGCUGUAUCUAUGUACUGCCAAAUUUUUCGUGAUUCCUCAUACGUGGCACUCAAAGUGUACGUCCGCACCUCUCCUGAUCAGGCGAACCUAGAGGAGACAGUCAAUCGCCAUCUAUCGGGCCUUAGCACCUCUCAUCCUGGUUGCUUCAACAUACGACAGAGCUUAGACGUCUUCUACCUCCAUCGUGCGAAUGGAUUUCGACAUUACUGUAUCGUACAUGAGCCUCUGCAUGCGACCAUGUCCCAGUUUCAAAGGCUACAUGGCACUGCGCGACCUCUCCCGGAAGUACUCGUCAAGUACUUCAUGCAAUACUUGCUUCAAGGCCUUGACUUCCUCCAUACUGAAGCUUCAGUCGCCCAUUGUGGUUCGCUCUUCCGUCCCAUCAGCAGUGGCAACCUGAGAAGCCCAGAACGGCAUGACAGUUGCUGGAAGAUCCUUGGUUGA